AUUGAGCUCCAUUUUACCCUGUACUCGGCAGGGCUUCGCCAACUUUUACUCUGUUAGACAUCUGCGAGCUGUGAUCAUUGCCCAAAUGGAUGAAGAAACACGCAGCCUGUUCCAACGUGUAGCUGGUCGACUUGGUUGGUCAGAACAUGGUGAUCUGAAUGCCAUUGAAGCACAGCUUCAGGAAAGAAUCGAGAAGUCCAGGCAUCCCUUGCAAGAUAAUUGUCAAGAUGCCACAAUUAAACUAGAGUCAGAAUCAGGGGAGAGUCCAAACACCUGUGAUUCAUGUGUGUGCAAGCUGUUACUGUCUAGUUCAGAGGAUGAGGCUGAAUCAUGGCCAAAAAUUACUCUGGAAAACGGGCAAGAAGAACGUGAUGUAUUUGCACUGACAAAGAAAGUAGGUGAGAAGCCACAGAAGCACCGUGGAACCAUAGUCAUCUUGGACUCCAGUGAUGAUGAUGAUGAUAAGAUUUGCUCUCUCUCAGAUGUCACCCAGACGAGGUUGUUAAACUCAGAUUUCCCAUCAAGAAGGGCAUCGAGGACUAAGAAUAAAAGAUAUGAUUAUAUUUCUGAACCAAGCACCGAUUCCAGUGGGCAUGAAGAUUAUGAAAAAUUUCUGACGCAAGUAAAGACACUGCAUACGCAAUCACAAAAGUAUAGUGCUUGGAGGGAAAAUGAUGACAGUCUUAAAGAUUUUAUAGUGAGUGAUCACUCGUCUCUCGAUGAAUUGGAUAUAAAUGGGACUGUGGAGACAGGGUACAGUGCUGAUAUUGAACAACAUGAACCCAUCUGGACAAGUCAUGAUCCAGCAAAUAAAUGUUCUGUGGAAGCAAUCCAUAGUAUACAUUCUACCUCAAGAUCAAUGGUGCCAGUAUUGAAUAAUAGUGAAGACUAUUUUGCUAUCAAAAAUGUGCAGAGAGAUCAGCUGUUGGACAAACGGAAAAAAAAGAAAUCUAAGCAGCAUGGUUCUUGCACUUUGGGAAUGCUGGAUUCAGUUUUAUCCACAGGGCUUAUGGGUUCAAAAGGUGAUAAUAGCUCAAAUCAUCCGAUGUACUCCAAGCAAUUGAAUGAAAUGUCACAUCCUUCAGACACAUCAAGUGAUGAGUUUGAGUCACUUUUACAUUGGAUUAAAAACAAAACUAGAACUCCAGCUCUAACUUCCAGCAACUUGAAUGGAAAACGAAUGGCUGUUACUGAGCCAGUGAAACAGAAACCCAGUAGUAACACGUUGGGAAAAAAGCACAAACCCACAGUCAAGAAGAGUUUUGUUCCAAUCUCUCCCCAGCCAUCUAAACCAAUGAAAAGUGUUCUAUCUGAGCUUACUUCAUUAAGCCAAGUAUCGGACUUCAAGCUUCCGUGUGUUUCUGAGUCACAAUCUCAACAUGGAGUAUUGCGAAAAUGCUUAACACCUGGCUGCUUCCUUCAGGACCUGACUCUGAGCUCGUCAAAGUAUGUAAAAAAUUUCAAACGGAAUCGGGAGGAGUUAACUCAAGAGCUCUAUAAUUUAUACAAUAAGAGUGUCUUUCAGCAGAAGCUUCCAGAGAAGUUGGGGAUCAUAUGGAAUAAAAAAAUGCGAAAAACAGCUGGAUAUUGCGUUACUGGACAGAAACGGGAUGGUGCUCUCAAACGUUAUGCCAGAAUUGAACUGUCAGAGAAAGUUUGUGAUUCAGCUGUGCGUCUAAGGGAUACAUUGAUUCAUGAACUGUGCCAUGCUGCUACCUGGCUUAUUAAUAAUGUGCGCGAUGGACAUGGACCAUUCUGGAAGUUAUACGCACAGAGAUCUAUACUGAUCCACCCUGAAUUACCAAUGGUUACACGCUGUCACACGUAUGAAAUAAAUUAUAAGUAUAAAUACCAGUGCAGCAAGUGCAAAAACACGAUUGGUCGACAUUCCAAAUCUCUAGACACUCAGCGUUUUGCCUGUGCUCUAUGCACAGGCCCUCUAGUUCUGCUAACAAGCAUGAUGAAAGAUGGCACUCCUGCAAAAAAGGAUCUAGCACCAUUUGCUAAAUUUGUGAAGGAGAACUAUGGUUCGACCAAGAAGGAGCAUAAGGGACUUCAACAUGCUGAGGUCAUGCAGAAACUAAGUGCAGACUUUGCAAAAAAGACUCGGGUAUCUGAUUUCUAAAACUUCCUUACAGUCUACCUUAUGUUGGAGAUCUGAGGAGACAGCUGAAUUCUAUGGUUUUGUAAGCAAUGAUGAAUAAAACUGAGUAUCAUAUCAGGCUUUGUGGUGACCUAAACCAAAAAUUUAUAAAUCUGAUUGUUUUCUCCCUGGAAGAGAAAAAAUCUUAUUGCUAAAAUUCAAGACUUAUGUUGGGGAAAUUAUGCAAUUAGACAUUAAAUAUUUCAAUUCCAUCUUUCACUUUCAUCUAUUUUCAAAUGUACAUCUCUGGAAAUAGUUUUCCUUGAUCAAGUUCUAGAAAUUUAUCUUAAAUCCAAUUUUUUUUGAUAGAUCAAGAACAUUUUGUUUCUGAUCCAUAUUAAAGAAAACAUGCAAUAAAGUAUGCACUGAAGGUGUGAAUAUUUGAUAAAGCUGUGAAUGAGGGUGCUGAGGGGUCUCUUGUUGCUUGGGUGCCUAUUUCUCAAUAUAAAUUUAGUUGUUUCAUAGCUGAGGUCUGGGUAUCAGCUAGCCCUGGCUGAAGCAGGAAAAAUCUUCUUUCUGCAGCAGUAAGAAUCCCACCUGAAAUUAACUUGGAUCGCUUUAACUGAGUUACAGCUGCUUCCAAAGAACCUAAGUUAGUGUCUGUUAGAGGCUGUAAGGAGGUUUCUGUGGGAAGUGUAUCUUGCUGCUGCUGUUUUUCCACAUUCUUGAAUCAUUGUAAGGGGAGCUUUGCCCUGUAGUAAUCUGCUGUACUUGGUCUGUGAAUAUUUAAUGCCAGCAGGCAUGUAUUUCUCAGCACUGAUCUCGUUCACCUUUAUCAAAAAUGUCCAAAGAAGCUCAAAUGAAGUUUGAAAAAUGCUCUAAAGGGUCUUAUACCUUGCAUAGAAUUUCCUUUCCUGGGACAAGAUGAUAGUGAUAGAGGAAAAAUUAUCAUUCUAAAGCAAGUUUGGUUAUUAUUUGCGGUAGGUUUGUCCCUGGUCUGACCGUUGCAGGAUAGUGUUAAAAUAUAGGGAAUUACAUAAUAAAAAAAUAACUGUAAAAGUGCUUUCUGGUAUUUCUUAAACAUUUCCAAGCACUUCAAAACGGUGAAAUGUGUUGAAGUGCAGUCACUCUUGUGUACGCAAACGCAGUUGCAGCUUUGUGCACAGCAAUACUCCAUACUUGUUUCCUACUUUAAACUGGCCAACAUUAUACUGAUCCGAGCUGGCUUUUUUUUUGGACCUAAUUCUGAUUGUGAAAUGGCAGGUGUUGGCAAUGGGUUAAGUACCAUUCUUUACUGUAGUAAUGCAUUGCACUAAUUAUUGUACUUUUUUUUUCUUUAAAGGACUUUAUAAUUUUCUAUUUGUUCCUCAUACUACUGUCUCUCAUAGCCAUCUUCAGGUGUUGGUAGGAGGUUACAGUUUUGGGAUAUUAAGCUUGGUUAUUGGAAAUGAUCUAUCUCGUAACUUAUCCAAGAGCAGCAAAACUGAGCCUGUACUGUUGGUCUAGUGUAAAUGUCAGUUGUGGAGACUGAUGGAAGCACUUUGAAUAGUAAUGAGGACCAAUAGUCAAUAUGGUCUUUCCACUAUGAUGUAGAGUGUCUGUCCGAAAACAUUGUUACAAAUUGCUGGCUUCCGCUUCAUAAUAUUAUACCUGAAGUAAGCAAGAUGUGACAGCAGUAAUUGGGACUACAUUUGUUUAGGGAAUGUUGCAAAAAGUGUUUUGUGUAUUUUUGCAACUUCACGGGGCAUGCUGUCACAAAGAAAGCAAUUUCCUUCAAGAAACUGAUAAAUGUAGAAUAACUGCCUUGAAUGUAAUAUUUGUCCUUUUGCUAAACUAUAUCAGAUUAAGUAAAUUACAGUGAUGCUAGGAUCUACCAUAAAUUCAUUUGAAAGGAUAAAUGUAAGAAAAUUAACCCAAGAGAUACAUUGGAUUUUGGGUCUGUGGGCUAUUAAACACAGAAUCACUACCCUUGAAUGAGUUAGGUUAGUAAUUACAAUGCUUCUUUUCAAUUCUGCCCUAUAGAUCAUACUCAACCUGUACUACUUGUGUUUAUUUUAGAUGGUGAAAUUUGAAAUGUCUUGUGUGAACCUGUUGUGUCAAAUGAAGUUUAAGAUUGUGUUUUAUUGGCAUUCCUUCAAAUAAAGUUUUUGUUAUGAAAAGAAA